AUGAAAAAAGAUUCUUCCACCAAAAGGCCUUAUGAAAAAGUUUCAAAAAUAAAGAGACAGAACCUUGUUAAGUUAGUGUUCCAUCAGGGAAUAAAAAUAAAGCAUGCUGCUAAACACCUUAAAAUUAACUAUGCCGCUGCCAAAACUGUUAUCAGUCAACAUAGGUGCAAUGUUAUCCUACAGAAUGUUUAAUACAAGUCCAACUAGAGGUGUGGGUUCACAACAAUCACAAAUUCUAACAGAUCAUUCAGCUUAAUAUCAAAAUUAGCUGGGGAAAUCAUAAAGGCUACUGAUCACACAAUACAAGAGAUAAAGAAGGUGUGA